AUAUGAGAAUUUUUAAUAUUCGUUGGAUUUACUUUUGAACAAAUAUCAAGGUUUAAUUCUACCCUGCGUUUUACCAUGGAGAUUGUGAAUGAGUUUGAUCCAUUGGCUUCAUCAAAUACCCAGGAUAAUAAUGCAGAGCUUGAAAUGGAUUCAAAUUUUGGAAAUAAAUCUGAUUCAAAUGGUGCUGGAAUAUUAUUACGUAACUAUCAGACGCCAGUAAAGGAAACUAACACAAUGGGAACUCUAAUUGAUCUUUAUGACACAACAGGAGAAAGUACGAACAAUAAUAAUCCUGUACAGCGGCAAAUAUCUGGUCCUACAGAUGUUCGCUCAAAAAUUUAUACAAAUAAUGCUUCUGUAAGACCAGCGCGUCCCCCACCUCCUCCUCCCACCAAGAAAAGAGCAGUCAGCACGAACUCAUUGAUAGAUUUGGAUCCCAAGUUUGUCAAUUUGCAUAUCAAGCCUUCAAAUUCUUCAAGAUCACUAAAGCAAGCCUCAACUUUUUUCAUUGAUUCUCCGCCAAACCCAAGAGACACAAGAACACCAACAAGGCCAUCAAGAAGUGGUUCGUCGUUUCACACUGAUUCCUCACCAGAUGUCUCAAGACUGCCAGUUACAAGAGAACCUCAGCCUUUGAACAGCGGGUCAUCCUUUUUCUAUGACAACAUGUCUUCAACAGACGCAAGUGAAGUCACGCCUCAAAAAUUAUUCGGAGGACGUGAACAAAUUAUGCAGACAUGCAUGGAGAAAAGACAGGAAGAAUACACAAUAAGGAAACCUUUCAAAAUAUUCGUGGGAACGUGGAAUGUGAACGGACAGAACCCACCUUAUGAAGUCACGGAUUGGCUGAGCACAGACGAUUUAGUGAGGGAUCCACCGGAUAUAUAUUUCAUUGGCUUUCAAGAACUUGACUUGAGCAAGGAGGCGUACGUCUUCACCGAGUCAUGGAGGGAAGACAACUGGAUUGUAGCUGUGUCGAGAUCUUUACCGCAUGUGAAUGUUAAGUAUCAUAUGGUAAAAUCAAUUCGAUUGGUUGGCAUGUUACUUCUCGUCUUUGUGAAGACAAUGCACGUUCUUUCAAUAAGAGAUGUCACCUGCCAUCAAGUUGGGACCGGACUGCUUGGAAGAAUGGGCAACAAAGGAGGAGUAGCAAUUCGUAUGGAUCUCCAUAAUUCAUCUAUAUGUGCUGUGAACUCCCAUCUCGCGGCUCAUCUUGAACAAUGCCAGCGUAGAAACGAAGAUUUUAGAGACAUUUGUUCGAGGUUGCAGUUUAAUAUCAACGGACAAAUCAUGCCAAUGUCUGUCUUCCAACAUGACGUUGUGUUCUGGUUGGGUGACCUUAACUACAGGAUACAAGACCUGUCUUCUGAAUAUGUGAAAGAAUUAAUCGAUGAACGAGGCUACAAGCUGUUGAAAGAAAAAGAUCAGUUGAAUAUCGAACGGGGUGACCAUCGAGUCUUCCAAGGUUUUAAUGAAGGCGAGAUAAAUUUCCGGCCGACGUACAAGUAUAAUCCAGGAACAGAUGAAUGGGACACUUCAGAAAAGUGUCGGACUCCUGCUUGGUGCGAUCGAGUGCUUUGGAGAGAGUCUGUGUUAUCUCUGAGAACUGGUGCAAACGCAAAACCUCAAUCCUCUGUUGAUCUUCUCAAAUAUCAACAACAUAUGAAAUUGAAACUGAGCGACCACAAACCAGUCAGUGCUUUGUUUCAAAUCAAGGUCAAAGUAAUAGACGAAGGUCGUUACAAGAAAGUAUUUGAAGACGAAAACAGAAGACUCGAUAAAUUGGAAAACGAAUAUUUGCCAACAAUGAAAUUAAACAAACAACAUGUUGACUUUGGUGAAGUGAAGUUCCAGCAGCCGAAGUUGGAAACGGUUGAAAUAGACAAUGGUGGUAUGAGACCAUGUAACUUCGAAUUCAUCUGCAAGAAUAAAGAAACGAAUAUCUGUCAGAAAUGGUUGACUAUAACUAAGCCAAAAGGUUGCCUACUUCCUGGUGGAAAGUUAGUUCUUGAGUUUGAAGUUUACGUUAAUCGUUUGUCAGCGCCACUGUUGAAUUCCGGGGAAGAAAGAUUAGACGAUAUUUUGAUUCUACAUUUAGAAGGAGGGAAAGAUUUCUUCAUUACUGUGACCGGUAAAUAUUUGCCGAGUUGUUUCGGAAUGUCAAUCGAAGCUUUGUGUCGGCUACAGAAGCCAGUUACGAUGGUUCCACUCGAAGAGAUAAGAGAUUUGAGUAAGAUUCAACCAAACAGAGGUGCAGAUUUCGUAUCUUCAGAGAAUGAAGUUUCGUUGUCUGUUCCUAAAGAACUGUGGACACUCGUGGAUCAUCUGUAUACUUACGGAAGAAAACAGGAAGAUUUAUUCCAACAGCCUGGUCUUCACUCAGAGGUUGAAGAUAUUCGAGAUUGCCUCGACACGAAAGUUGACACGACGACAGGAAGAAUGAGGUUGCCUGGUUCAAACCACUCAGCAGCUGAAGCUCUUCUUAUUCUUCUUGAAGCUUUUCCUGAGCCAGUAAUACCUUUUCAUAUCUACCAACCAUGCCUGGAAGUUUGUGAUAUCUUCUUCCAAUGCAAACAGGUUCUUCAAGGAAUGACUCGACACCAUCGCAAUGUGUUCAAAUACAUUUGUGCAUUUUUACGAGAAUUAUUGAGAUACAGCAACGAGAAUGGACUAGAUGUUGACUUAGUCGCUCAAAUAUUCAGCGGACUUAUGCUUCGUCCUUCAUCAAAAGUUCGAAAACCAAGAAUGGAGGCGCGAUUAGAUCGGGAAAAAGCACAAAAAUUUGUGACACAUUUUCUAGUCAACGCAUACGACGAAUGAAGAAGAAUUCUGCAUUGGACAAGCUUCAAUGAACUUUGUGGUUAUCUAAGAUCAUGGUAUUGAAUCCCAAUGAAAUCCUUUUGAAAUCUGUAACAUAUCAGGAAACCGAGGUUCUCAAUCCGGGGAUAAAUUACUCUUUAGGACCAUAUUAGACC